AUGGUUACAUUUUGUAGGCUGGACUUCCUCGGCUUCUUGUCCCUGAACACCCCGAAGAUUCCCGGGAACAAUGGUCUGCGCGACAUGGUGACCUUGCUGCGCUGGGUGCAGGCCAACGCGGCCUACUUCGGAGGCAACCCCGCCGACGUCACGCUGGCGGGGCUGAGCGCCGGCGCUGCCAGUGCGCACCUUCUGACGCUGUCGCCAGCCGCUGCUGGAUUGUUCAAUCGUGCGUUUCUUAUGAGCGGUGUCGCUGUCCAGAGCUUCUACAGCGCGUCUCCUGUGUACGCUCAGCUAGUGGCUGGCUUCUGCCUCUCAGCCCUGAACAUCACCUCCACGGACUACGACGAGGUCCACGACCAGCUUGUUGAAUUGCCGAUCGACGUUCUCAUAGCCGCCAGCAGGGUAGUGAUAGAUACAACGGGUUUAACCAGUUUCGUCCCUGUUGUGGAGACACCAUAUGCAAACUUUACGACUAUCCUAAGCGAGUACCCAGAAACUCUGCAAGCUAACGGCAACGGGAAGCAUAUUCCACUAGUUAUUGGCUUCACUAGCAACGAGUGCAAAACGGUUCGUCCAAGGUUGGUCCAGGUGGACACUGUGGCUGCGAUCCAAGAGAAUCCGCUGUUUGUGUUGUCUCCAGAGCUUGUAUAUAGUUUUCCAUCGAACGUAACGGCGGAGAUGGCGAAUAAAGUGUUGGCAAGAUAUUUUAGGGCGACUCCGACAAUGGACGAGUACAUUAAGUUGUGUACCGAGACACUGUUCCAGUACCCGGCGAUCAAGCUGGCGCAGGCACGCGCGGCCAGCGGAGGUGCGCCCGCGUUCCUGUACAAGUACGCCUACGAGGCCGAGUACAGCGUCAUCAAGGAGUCGCUGAACCUCACAUUUUCCGGCUCCGGCCACUACGAGGAUUUUUUCAGAAUAUUCAAGGUGAAUUCGUGGCCUGUACCUGCCAGUAACGCUGAUGAAGCUAUGACAGGAUGGAUGACCGAUAUCAUGGAGACAUUCAUAAAGAAUAACUCUCCAUCAAGAGAUGGAUGUUGGGGAGCGGCGUCAUGUGCGCUGGAGUACAACUACAUCGACGGGCCCGCCACCGACUUCGGCGCCAUGAGCUGCUAUGACCAGGAGAUGGUCCACUUCUUCGAAAGCUUAACUGAUGUGUAGUGUGACGAUGAUGACCAAUAAAUUGGUUACAAUUUAUCUUGUUGUAAUAAAGAUAUAAAAUAUUA